ACCUAACUUUCCAUCACCACAGAGAAUUCACAACACCAGAACCUUGCUCGAUCUGUCUUUAUCAACAUCAACCUCAUUCCCUCCUUCCGUCGCCAGUAGGAAAGAACCACGUACGAGCCCAGCCCUAAUAUUCAACCUCCAAACCUACAUAGCUAACUAACAACGGCCGUUUCUUGCACCGUACGUAGUUUUGCUGGCGGAGGUGUGGGCUGAUCGAUCGAACGGCGGUCUAAGCAAAGAAUACAGAUCCUACCUACCGAUUCAAAUCUACGACAAAGCACAAAUAAGAGGUAAUUAAGAAACCCCGAUUUCUCAAGUUAUAAUCACUGUUUAUGUAAGUUUGUAAGAUUUUGAAAAUUUUCAAUUUUGGCGACGAUUUAGCAGACAUCUAGAUGGAUUCACAAAGUUUGAGCAUUUGUUCUUCCUGACAUUGAAUUUCACCAUAAUGUUAUGUUUUAAAGCAAGUGGAUACAAGUUACGAGUUAAGCAAGUUUCUAGCUUGUAGCUUAUGUUUAAUUUUUAAGUUAGUUAGUAAAAGCUCCUUUUAGCCACUCGUUUGACUAGCAAUUAAUUAGCAACAAAUAGAAUCAAGACAGGAUCCUCACGCCCGCACUUAAGAGUUCCAAAUUCACUAUCAUGAACUUAAUUGUUGCCAGACAUGCAAAUACAAUGACUUUCAACUCUAUAAGACAUUUAGUUGACAAUUUGUACUUUAGUACCACAUGAGAUUUAAGAUGAAUAUAUUUAUUAUGUCUAAAUGUAUCAAAUUACGUUGACCGUUUAUGUUUUCAGUUUUCCUUAAUUCUGACGUUUUUUGCUAGGGUCUGACAUACUAAGGUGUUACAAUUUACUACAUGUCAGUCAGGUUAUGUUUUUCGGUAAUUAUAUCAGCUUAUAUUUGUUCUCAAAAGUAAUGUUCUUUAUGUUUUCAAGUUUUGAUUGAUGAACAAAAUAAGGGUGGCUGGGAGGUAAGAUUCGUAUAUAUAGUAGGAUGGUAAGUCUGGGCUGGACACUCACUGAUCUCGCUACAUUAUUCGAGCUGAAUUUGAGAAUCGGGUUGUGCCAGUUUUGUCUACAGGGUCAGCCUGGAGUUGAGUCAUUCUUUGACCUAUAAGGAUUGAUUAGAGUUUGGUCAACUUAUGGUUGAGUUACUUUUUGACCGCAGGACCCAUAGCAACAACUAGUGAUACGAAAUUUCUCAUACCAUCACAUUUGACUUGUAUGUAAUGUUUUAAAAGUUUAGAUACUAUAAAAUAAAUUAAAGGUAAUCAAACAGAAUUUUACCACCACAAUUUCGGACCUAUUUCAAAAAAAUAAUUUUAAAGGUACUAAAUUGUUCAUACCAACACAUUGGCUAUCAUUAUGUAAUUUUUUUUAAAAUAAGUUAGUUGAUUUAUUUAAUUAUUUUACAUGACCCACUGAUUUGGCCCGUCUCGGCGCUGCCCAAGGUCAUAUAGGGUUAAAAAAAAAUAAAAAGGAGUGGGGCUAGCCAGCUUUAUAAAUUGUCCCUAAAGUGGCGAGUCAUAUACGGUUCUAUCAAGAUCCGGCCCAGUUUAUCCCUAAUAAAUAGGAGGAUUUAAUUUCAAAAUAAUUGGUGAAAUUUGAGGGUUAGGUCAAAAUAGAAAGGAUAUCAUUAUGUGUAGGUAGUGGCAGGGGCGGAUACAUGGGCCUCUAGGGGUGUCCCGGGCACCCCUAAAAUUUGGGGAAACGAUUAUCCAACAACCGGUAGUAGUUUCGUAUGGGUAUACAAAAUAUAAUUGGUAAUCCGGGACACUCUAACAUUUGAAAAAAUGAUUAUCCUACGCUCGAUAAUAGUUUGCUUAUGAUUAACAAAAUAUAAGUGGUAGUCCGUGUUAUUCCAACCUAGACCACUACUAUUAUCAAACAUAUUCUAAUUAUAUUGCUACUCAUUUGUUAUUCUAUUUUAAACAUCAUGCAACAGUAAAACGCUAUUUUUUUAUCCCCAACUAUUUUCAAUACCUAAUAAUUAAACUACGCACACACUACCCUUAAUUUUGAAUUGAUUUUAUGGUUACACGACAAGUGUUGAAAUAGCCUUUUCUACUUUGAGCUACAUUAAGAACAAGGUUAGAAAUCGAAUAUGUGUUAAGUUCGUGAAGUAUUGUCUAGUAGGAUAUGUAGAUUUUUUUUGAACAGUGCAGACACGGAGUUUAUUUAUAUUAUUUUUCUAAAAUAUGAAUUUUAAUUUAUUAUUUAAUAAAAAAUUUAUACAAAUUAUACAAGUAUGCUAUUUUUAAUAUACGAAUUAUUUAAUUUAUUAUAUAAUUAAAUUUAAUUUUUGAAGAGGACACCCUGUGAAAAUUUUCUGAAUCCGCCACUGGGUAGUCGGUUGAAAUAGAUGAAUUAUUAAUUUUAGGGUAAUUUGAAGUGAUUGAAUGAUGAUAAAUUUAGGUGCGUUUUGAAGUGAAUCAAUGGACACUCCUUUGGCUUUCGGUGUCAAAACUACACUACUCGUGCCGUCGCACCGUCAACCAACUGAUGGAUCUCCACUAGGAGCAUACAAACUGCAGCCUGCCGCAGCCUUGGCGCCCUACUCCCACUACAGCUUCAAAUCUCAACCCAAAUUGCGGAGCAGAACUAGCCGCUGCAGGGAACUCCAUGCAGCUUAUCCGCAACAACGUCGAUCGGGGAACUACGGCCCAAACAUCUGGGAAUCCCAUGACUACUCCCACCCGCCAAAUCGGGACAACACUAGUACCCUUUAUUGGCAGGAAGAAGAAGAAGAAGCGGAGGAGCUGAAGAAGGAUGUCAAACAGAAAGUGCUACGGCUCAUCACUGCUACUGGAGGUGACGACGACGACGAGGAGGAGACAGUGGCACGUCGUGUCCUUGAGACGAUCGACACUGUACAGAAACUGGGACUUGCUUACUAUUUCGAGACGGAGAUUCAGGACGCUCUGGAAAAGAUCGCCACUACUUCUACCUGCACAGAAGACCUCUACUUUUUGGCCCUACGUUUCAGGCUGCUUCGACAAGCUGGAAUCUGGAUAUCUCCUGAUACUUUCCAAGGAUUUCUAGACGAGGGAGGGAAGUUUAAGCAAGAGAUGAUCAGUGGCGAUGCGAGAGCCCUGCUGAGCUUGUACGAGGCUUCGUAUCUUAGCGUGCCAGGUGAAACUCUGCUCGACGAAGCCAAGAGCUUUGCUAGGAGCCAUCUUCAGUCCAUCAUUUCAGCUGCUGAUGAUGAUAAGAUCAUCGGUCCCAUGCUGGCCAACCAAGUGAAGCGCACAUUGGAGCUUCCAUCCCACUGGAGGCUUCAGCGCUCUCAAGUUAGGUGGCACAUCGAGCAAUACUGCAAACAGUACAGCGAAGAAAUGAUGGAUCCAGCCUUGGUUAGAUUCGCGAUGAUCGAUUAUAAUACGGUCCAGUUUCUCUACCAGAGCGAGUUGGACGAGCUCAACAGGUGGUGGAAAUAUGAGUUGGCCAUACCGGAGAAGCUGCCGUUUGCACGUGAUCGUUUGACGGAGAGCUUCCUAUGGGCAGUUGGGUUGGCCCAAGAGCCUCAUUUCAGCUACUGUAGAAAGACGAUGUCGAAGCUUGUAUGCAUUGUUAAUGUCGUGGAUGAUGUCUAUGAUAUUUACGCUUCUCUGGAUGAACUCCACCUCUUCACUGCCGCCAUACAAAGGUGGGACCCAUCUAAAAUCGAUACGCUUCCCGUAUACAUGCAAACAUGCUUCAUGGCGGUCUACAAUACAACUAAUGAACUAGCCGACCACAACAUAAUGCAACAAGGUUUCAACAGCUUGCCUUUCCUUAAACAAGCGUGGCAAGAACAAUGCAAGCUGUACCUGGAAGAAGCCGAGGCUUUCUAUACUAUUGGAUUUGAGGAAACCUUUGAGCAAUACUUGGAACGUGGGUGGAAGUCGGUAGCAACAAGUAUUGUGUUGGUUUACACUUAUGCCGCUUCUGGGGCCACUCUUGGGGCACAGAGUUUUGAAUACUUACUUAAUUAUCCAAAAUUCACUCGUUGGGUAUCCACCGCUAACCGUCUUAUAAAUGAUCUGGCAACCUCCAAGGCGGAACUUGGAAGAGGGGAUAUUCUCAAAUCAGUAGAAUCUUACAUGAAAGAUAAGGAUGUUUCGGAAAAAGAAGCCCGCCUGAACAUAGAGAAGCAAAUUGGUGAAACAUGGAUGAAAAUCAACGAAGAGGCUAUGGCCAAUUAUGGUGACAUGAAAAUGUAUGUCAAUCUUGGCCUCAACCUUGCUCGAGGGUUCCGAUUCAUGUAUCAGUAUGGUGAUGGGAACGGAAUGCCUACUCCAAUGGACAAAGAUCGAGCCAUGGCAUUGAUUUGGCACCCUUUCACAAUCAAAGCGACGGAGGAAACUACCGCGGCUUGAUCACUCAUUUUUAUCAAAAUAAAAUAAAGUUGGUGCAAUUUCUACAAUAAAUCGCAUUUUAGUCUUUGUUGGGUCUAGUACGGUUGAAUGGUGCCAAAUCAAUGCCAUCGCAUUUGAUUUUUCUAUCUGAAAUCAGAUCGUGUUGGAGGGUAGUUUUUCGUAGUUAUAGGAUUCAUGGUUUGAGUUUUAAUUUGGAUUUUUGUCUUUUUGGUGAUGCCAUCAAUUCUGCUGGUGGUUUAGUUGUCGGUUGGUCUCCCGAAAUUAAUGUUUCGAUGCUUU